AUGAUGGGGGGAAUUUGUUCGAGGAAGAGAAACCAACCAGUCAUCGAAGAUGGCAUCUGUAGAGCCGUGUCUGGAAGAAGAAGUGGCAGUUCAAAAUGGCUGGGACCUUCAUCUUUGCGGCCUACUGUAGAACAGUCUUCAGGAGGAGCAGGCAUUUGCCCAUCUCUCUUGGAAUUAUGCAUUUGUAAAAUAUGCCAGGACAUUGACAAAUACAGUUCGUUCUCAAUGCUACCAAGGGAUGUUAGCCAACAGAUCUUCAACGCAUUGGUCUCCUCCCAUUCUCUUACUGAAGUUUCUCUUGAAGCUUUUAGGGAUUGCGCUCUUGAGGAUAUUGGUUUGGGUGAAUUCCCUGAUGUGAAAGACAGUUGGAUGGAUGUCAUCUCUUCACAAGGUUCAUCAUUACUUUCUGUUGAUCUUUCUAGUUCUGAGGUGACAGAUUCUGGAUUGGCUCUUCUCAAAGACUGCUCAAACCUCCAAGCAUUAACUUAUAAUUACUGUGACCAUGUGUCAGAACGUGGACUUAAACACCUAAGUGGUCUGUCGAACCUGAAAUCUUUGAGUUUUAAAAGGAGCAAUGCAAUAAGUGCUGAAGGGAUGCGUGCUUUCUCUGGCUUAGUUAACUUGGAAAAGUUGGACCUGGAGAGGUGUCCAGAAAUUCAUGGUGGAUUUGUUCAUCUUAAAGAUUUGAUGAAGCUAAAGUCUCUUAAUGUUAGAUGUUGUAAUUGCAUCACGGAUUCUGAUUUGAAGACCAUCUCAGGGCUUACUGACCUGAAUGAGUUGCAGUUAUCCAACUGUAACAUUACUGAUACUGGUGUUUCUUAUUUGAAAGGCUUGCACAAGCUUAGUAUGCUGAAUUUAGAGGGAUGCAAUGUUGUUACUGCCUCAUGCCUGGAGUCUAUUUCAGCUCUUGUUGCCCUGACUUACUUAAAUCUCAACAGAUGCGAACUAUCUGAUGAAGGAUGUGAUAAGCUUUUGGGACUUACGAACUUGAAGGUUUUGAGCUUGGGAUUCAACAAUAUCACAGAUGCAUGCUUGAUGCAUCUAAAAGGUUUAACGAAUUUGGAGAGCUUGAACUUGGAUUCCUGUAAGAUAGGUGACGAGGGGCUUGCUAAUUUGGCAGGUCUGACACUCUUGAAGAACUUGGAGCUAUCUGAUACUGAAGUUGGAAGCAAUGGGCUUCGUCAUCUCUCAGGUUUGAGAAAUCUCCAAAAUUUGAACUUGUCAUUCACCCAAGUAACGGACAGUGGCUUGAAAAAGUUAUCUGGGCUGACAUCUCUCAAAUCAAUUAAUCUGGACGCUCGGCAGAUUACUGAUGCUGGACUUGCAGUUAUUACAAGUCUUACGGGAUUGACACACCUCGACCUUUUCGGUGCACACAUUUCGGAUUCUGGAGCAAACUGUUUAAAAUACUUCAAGAAUCUUCAAUCUCUUGAAAUAUGUGGUGGAGGACUGACUGAUGCUGGUGUAAAGAAUAUCAAAGAUCUUGUCGGUCUGACAUGGCUAAAUUUGUCACAGAACUGCAAGUUGACGGAUAAAUCCUUGGAAUUGAUUUCUGGAUUGACUGCUUUGGUGUCAUUGAAUGUUUCAAAUUCUCGCAUUACAAACGAGGGGUUGCAGUAUUUAAAGCCAUUGAAGAAUUUACGUUCGCUAACCUUGGAGUCUUGCAAGGUGACUGCAUCUGAAAUCAGGAAGCUUCAGUCUGCUGCCCUGCCUAAUCUGGUCAGCUUUCGGCCAGUAUAG